AUAUCAACAACCUUAAACACGUUAGUGACGAGAGGAACACGUUCAAGGCGGGUUUUCUAUUGUACAUAUUGGUUUAAAUUCAAAAUGGACCAAACGAUCCUAUAUCUAUUCUUGAUGAUCAUGCUAAUUAGUUACGUUCAAUCAAUGAAUGGAUCACAGGAUCCCGACAAAAACUCUACGGUAGAGGUUUCCCUUUUGGACAAUCAGCAGAUGCCUUUGGUAGCUCUUUUUGACACUUCUAAACUAAACCAUGUGUUGAAGGACUAUAUCAUAAAGACAGUUAAGGAGGCUACUGACCAGAGAGUUCCAAUGAUAAAAACGGCAGUCAUCGAAGAUAUUGGAUAUGAAACUGGACAAAUACACGAAAGACCUGCAUUUACAGCAUCAUUGAAGACAGAUAUUUAUCCCAAACCAAGAGAAACAAUAAUAUUUGACCAAGUAUGGCUAAAUGUGGGCAAUACAUAUAAUUCGAUUACAGGCGUAUUUACAGUUCCAAGAAACGGAUUGUACUUCGUAUCAGGCACUUUCAUGUCCGCUGCAGGAAUGAAUUUACACUGUCAUCUCAUUAAGAACAAUCAAGUCAUAUUCGGACUAUUUGGACAUGAUUAUUCCCCGGGAACACUACAUAGUGUAAUGCUUCUGGAGGAAGGGGAAACAAUCUACAUAAAACACGACAACAACGCCGAAGAAACAAUGCUGGGAAGGCACUAUAGCAUGUUUUCCGCAUAUCUUAUUAAUGAACAGUGAAAUUGGUGAAACCUAUGCGAGUUUUAGUUUGACCAACUUCAGCAAGGAUUCGAGUUAGUUGAAAUUUGAUUUGCUUUCAUUAUUAUGUUAUUCUACGCAAAUAUUUCUAAUUGUAGAAAGGCAAUUAGUCUCUAAACAAAUGAAAUCUGAUCAAAGUGUUUGUGAUUCCAGAGAUUCACCCUUUACACGUACACUUUGCCUUUAUAUAUAUAUUUGCUAAAGCCAUAUUGCCACAAAGUGUAGUGGAAUUUACAUUUUAGGAAGAAACUAACAUGGGGGCAUUUUGGACAUUUCAAAAACAAAUUUCGCAAACAGGAAAGCAAAACAAUGUCAAUGGUAGUUACAUAAUAUAAUUUACACGGCCGACAGAUUGCACAAGAUGAAUCGCUCAAACGGGAAGUGCCACUUUCUUAAUGGAAAAUAAUCACUUUUCUAAUUGUGUAUAUGAUGUAAACUAUUAGAAGGAGUUUAGUGGGAAAGGUUUCAUGUAACAUGAGGUCAAUUGGUCACAAUUGAGAAUUGGAUGUUUAUAAAAAAAAAAUCAGAACUCAGGAUCAUUUAAGGUCUUACUGAUGCAAACAUAUCUUAUUUAAAACUAUAAAAAGAGAUAACACAAAUGAUGAUUAUAAAUGUGAUAAAACAUGAACGAAAUUAGUUUUCAAAUCUUUAAAAAAAAAUCAGAAUACGAACAGUCAAGCCAACUCUAUGUGUAAGAACUUAUAUAGGUAUCUGUUUAUCUUUUCUUGAUCAGGUUAUUGUAAUAACCACUUCAAUAUUGUAAAUAAUUUUCAUUAUGUACGAUACCUUUUCUAUUGUGUACAUAAAUUAUGUCGGGAGUAAAUUUGUUAUAAAGAUAAAUUGAUAUUCAAGUCAUUAUUUACUCACCAUAUUAUAAAUGAUUUACACAUGUUCUUUCAAAUACUUUUUGACGAGAAGAACAUGACAAAAAAAUCGUUUGACCGGAAUGUAAUUGAAUUUAGCGUAACAAAAAACAAAGGGAAGCGCUUAAAUUCGAAACUGCUUGAUAUUGGUCCCAGUACUACAAAUCUUUCCAUCCUUUAUUGGUGGAUUUAACAUUCAUAAAUAAGAUACAAAUAUAUGAAAGCAAUAAAUGAAGUUGUUAAAUUUGA